AUGAAUGACAUACACUCAGAAUAUGAAAUCCGUGAGAAGAUCAUCAGAACCACAACUGAUAAUGGUUCAAACUUCAUUAAAGCAUUCAGAGUGUUUGGAGAAGAUGAAAACAACGUUAACGCUGAGGAGGUAACUGAUGAAGAUCCAACACAUGAUGAUCAGGAUGAGGAGGUGGAAUUCAUUGACAUUGGCAGCAUUAUGACUGAAGAUGAUGGUCUCCAAUACCAACUUCCAAAGCAUCAUCGGUGUGCUUGCCAUUUGUUGAAUCUGGUUUCUACGGUGGAUGCAAAUAAUGCAAACAAGGUAGAGGCCUACAAGAAAUUGUCGAGGUCUGCCUUCUCCAAAUGUCAGGCUCUCUGGAACAAGACUGCAAAGUCUACUACUGCUGCAGGGGUCGUUGAAGAACACUGCAAACUUCAGCUGAUACAACCUAAUGCAACAAGGUGGAACUCCUUUUACUUGGCUGUAGAGCGGAUCCUGAGAAUCCUCAAAGUACAAGGAGAGGGAGCUGUGAGAGCUGUCUGUGCUGCCCUUGAUGUUCCAAUGUACAGUCCAGCUGACAUCGCCUUUUUGGGUGAAUAUGCCAACACCAUGGGUCCAGUUGCAAAGGCAAUAAACAUACUUCAGGAAGAAUCCAAUAUUCAGAUGGGAUGGCUGCUCCCUACAAUCAGCGCCCUCGUCUCCAAGCUUGACAAAACCAGAGCGUUGCUGAAAUUCUGUAAGCCACUGAUUGAUGCCCUGCAAGAAGGUUUGAAGAAACGAUUUGGGGAAAUGAUGUCUGACCCAGAGCUGGUUGCUGCAGCCAUUCUACAUCCAAAAUUCAAGAAAUCCUGGACUGCUGAUGAAGGGGUCCUCAAAUUAGAUAUUAGUGGCACAGUGUGA